GCUUCUUCCAGGUUAUCAACCACGGUAUCCCGGUUGAAGUCCUAGACCGGGCCAUCGCCGCCAUGAAGGCCGUCCACGAGCUGCCGGCGGAGGUCAAGGCUCCACUCUUUAAGAGAGAGAUGGAGGGAGUGUCUCUCAGGUCAAACAUGGACUUGUACCAUUCAAAUGCUGCAUACUGGAGGGACUCACUUCUCAUACGGUUCGGGCCGGUCCCGAUCAACCCGGAGGAGAUCCCGGAGGUGUGUCGGGAACGGCUGAUUGAUUACAACGAGAGAACUCUGCCGGUGAAGGAUCUGUUGCUGGAACUGUUGAGUGAAGGUUUAGGGCUGAGCAGAGGAAAGUUUAAGGAGCUGACAUUUGGAGAAGCGGUGACUCUGUCGGGUCACUACUACCCGUAUUGCCCUCAGCCGGACCUCACGAUCGGGUUCCGAUCGCAUACCGAUCCGGGGAUAUUGACGUUGCUGCUGCAGGACAGCAUGGGAGGGCUUCAGGUGAAGUACAAGGAAGGUUGGGUUGACGUGAAACCUGUUCGUGAAGCCCUAGUUGUCAACAUCGGAGAUUUGCUUCAGAUAAUAUCGAAUGAGAAAUACAAGAGCGUGGAUCACAGGGUGCUGGCAAGUAAUCGCCGAGAGGCCAGAGUUUCCAUAGCGACGUUCUUCAACCCGGGAGCUGCAGAGAACGUGUAUGGGCCUCUGGAGGAGCUGACGUCAGCAGGGGACCCACCUCGCUAUCGACGUGUCACCUACAAGGAUUACAUGCACAAGUUCUUCAGCAAGGAGAUCGACGGCACCUCUCAAACUGAUUACUUCAGAAUCCCGCAUGAUCAUCCAAUCACUGAUUAAUUUCAGAUUAAUGCGCACAUAUAUAUACAUAUAGAUCAUAGUUAAGGAAUAAAGUCAGUUGGAUUGCUUGUUCUUUAAGUUUUUCCAGUGUUUUCGUUUUUGAUCCUCCCAAUCAGCUAGGUAUGUGUCUGUGUUACACUUUUUUCCCUGGUGUUAGCAUCUUGCACGUUGUGCAAGUUUGCUUCCCUUGUUUUUUUUUUUUUUUAUAAAUGUAUGAGC